CCGUGUCACUAAUCUACGCCUCCUAUGUUUCCAGUAUUUGUUUUCUUCCCUCUUCAGCUUCAAUUUUUCACUUCUGCGCUGCUUCUCACCUUCUCUCUCCUCCAUUGAAGUGUACUCUGGAUUUCCAUUGAAUUGGCUUCCGAGCUCUCUCUCCUCCAUUGUAGCAACUUCUCAGGUCUGACCUACAAUAAUCACUCAGCUGCCUUCUCACAACAAGGACACUGUAUAACCAACGAUAACCAUCAUGUCUAGUAGAAAGGAAACAGUUUUAGAUCUUGCCAAGUUUGUCGACAAGGGGGUCCAAGUCAAGCUUACUGGUGGAAGACAAGUGACUGGGACACUUAAGGGAUAUGACCAGUUGCUGAACCUUGUGCUGGAUGAAGCUGUUGAAUAUCUGAGAGAUGCUGAUGACCCAUUGAAGACUACUGACCAGACUAGACGCCUUGGCUUAAUUGUUUGUAGAGGAACAGCCGUAAUGCUGGUUUCUCCUACUGAUGGCACCGAUGAGAUUGCAAACCCUUUUGUUCAGCCGGACGGUGCAUAAGUCAUGUUAGGAAUAUGGAACCUAUUGACAUGGUUAGGUGUUAUGUAGUCUUGGACAUAUUUCUAAAUGUAAUGCUUGUUAGCUUAAAACAUGCAUCCUAAAAAAUUAAAAAUAUUUGUACGAAAAGUCACAAGUUACAAUCCAUCUUUUUCUUGGCAAAUGAAGUAUAGAAUUGCUAGUAUGCUACUCUGAUGCUCUGAAUUGUUUGACAAUGAAUACAGGUCAUGAUUAUUAUCA